GGAUGAGUUAUAAGCCAAUAUCUAAUGAUUAGCAUUCCUUAGACAUAUAAGAUGAUGAUGGAGAAUUAGAUUAUGUAGCAAAGAAAAAAGAAAAACCUAAACCUAGUUAAAAAUCUUUUUUGAUAUGGAUCAUCAUAGUGACAUUUCUAGGAGCCAUAUUGAUAUAUGUUGGUUAGAGUAAUUCAACAAACAAUGGUUAGAAAAAUAAUAUCUAAAAUUUUGUAAAAGUAAAUAAAACAAGUAAUACGUGUUUUAAUUUAAAGCAAUUCCUGAUAAAAAUGAGAAGAUAUUAUAUAGUAAAGAUUCAAAAUAGGUUGAAGAUAAUAUAAAUGUUCAACUUGAAGAGAAUAUAAAAGAUGAUCUAAAAUAGAAUGAUGAUCCAAAGAUGAAUGAUUCUGAUGAUAAUUAAGAAGUUUAGAAUAAGACAAUUAAUCAUAUAAAGCAAGAAAAAGAAAAGAAGGAAAAUUUAGAUGAAGAAUAAAAUGUCGAUUUUGAUGGUACAAUAGAUAAAUAUAUAUUAAUUUAGAAUUAUAAAAAUAAACAGACAAAUUAAAUAAAGAGAUAAAAGAAUAUUUUAAACAUAAGAAUGAAACAGAUAAUAAAGAGAGAGUGGAUGAAAUAGUUUAGUAGGAUAGAAGAUAUAGUUAAAUUUUAUGUGAAAGUGGUUAUUAUAUGAAUCGAGAAGAGAAACAAUGUAAAAAAUGUGAAGAUAGAUGUGCUGAGUGUAUGCAUAUUAUUGGAACUUGUUACAAAUGUUAAAAUGAAGUAUCAUUUAUUGGUAUUAAGAGUUUUACUUAAAUAAUUAUGGGAGAUGCAUAUAAAAAUGUGAAGGAAAACAUGAUUCGAGUAACUUAUUAUUAUCAGAUGAAAAUAAAAAUUAAAGUAUUCCAAUAUGUUUAGGUACAAAUCACACUUCUUCACUUUUUAUGUCAGUCUAGAAAUCAUAAAAUACGCAUUUUGUUUUACCUUAUUUGAUAAUUCAUCCAGCAACUACUGUUUCGUUAAUGUAUCAUAAUAAUUACCCACUUGUGUAUUAUUUUAAUAAAGAUAUCUUUAAUUUUGAAGAUGGAAUGAAAUUGAAUGAUAUUAUCACUUAAGCCUAAGAAAAAUAAUUAAUUGUAAUUAUAAUAGGAUCACAUACAUUAUAUGAUUUUUCUUUGUUUAAUACAUUUUUAUUUUAAGAGGCAUCUCUAAAUAUUGAACAUUUAGUGAAAGCUAAGAGUAGUACUUUUAGAGCCUUUUUCGGUUAAGAUUACAAUGCUUAUGGAGUUAUAAGAGAAUAUUAAUCAUAAUAUAAAAAUAAUUCUGUUGAUUUAGUAAUAUCAGAUGAUCCAAUAGAAAUAGAACAGUAUAUAUAUAUUACUAUAAAUUUAUAGUGAGUAUUUAGAAUCUAACUUAUUGGUCACUCAUGAAUAGCAUUAUACUGAUUAUAAUUUUGAAUCUUUAUAAGGUGCUUAAUCAUAAAAAACGACUGUGAUUUUAUUAUUCCAUACAAAAAAUGAAUAAGACAACAAAGAUUAUUGUUCAAGAUUUCUAUAUGUCUCAUUUUUACAAUGUGCUGUGAGGGAAGUUUAAAUAGAUCACACUUAGAGAAUGAGAUAAGGAUUUGAAUUAAUUUCAUAAUUUGUUGUAUAACCAGAUUUAUGA